CACGCUGACGACUAUAUUGAGUUGCGGAACGUGGUGUUGGCACUUGACCCCUGCCUAACUCGUCAAACGGCAUCACUUAGGCGCGAUCUUCUGCGUCUUCUUGGAGUUGGUGAGUUUUCUGCCGCCGCCAUCUUCACACCUCCUCACAUGGCUUCUGAGCAUAUGAAUACAGAAAAAGCUAGCUCCUUGGAUAUUUUACCACAUUCCGAUAAAUUAUAUAGUCUUCUUGUAUAUUUGGCCGAUGUCGCAUGCCCUGUUUGCAACACGACCCGUGACCUCGAUGUCUGUCGUGAUACUAAUCUUGUAUGGAUAACUACCACAACUGCUAACAAUGAAUAUUAUGGUUACGGCGAUGGCGACAACAGCGACGAAGGGGAAAGUGAAAGCUCGGCUUCGCCUGGCCACUGGGCUUGGUCCUGUCCUCAGUGUCAGGUUGUAUAUCCCAGAGCCGGUUUAGAAGUGGCCCUUUUAUCGCAACUUGAACAGAUGGCCCUGCAAUUCAUUCUUCAGGAUUUGCAAUGCACAAAAUGUACUAUCGGUGGCGGAAUACAGGCUGCAGUUUUGGCGAAUGGUGCUGCCAGUGGCCGUUGUGCUGACUGCGCCAGCCCGCUUAGUUUGACAAUUUCAGCAAUGGGCGGUACAUUCCGCCGGCGCCUUGAUGUUUAUCGCGCAAUCGGCAAAGCUUUUGGUUUUCAUCUACUGCAUGAUAUGGCCUAUUGGAUGCUGAGAAAACAAAAUACCAUUUAA